AGAAAGAUCGUUGAAGAGCAGAGCACGUAGUCAAACUGAAUCAUCAUCAUUUUGAUAUUUGAAUUCAAGUCCCACCCACGUAUUCACGUAAAUUGAAAAUAUCAAUCAGAAACUCAAAAUCCGAUCCUCAAGUCAACAAUAUGAGUAGUGCUGGUGAUCAACCUACCAAUCCCAAACCCCAAGACUCUGAUUCUCACUCUCACACCCCUGAUUACGCUCCAUAUCCCAAACUUGACCCAAACGACGUCGCACCACCACCACCACCCGUUGCAACUGAAUCUCGGGCCACCGAUGCUGCCACCACCAUGCCCGCCGAAUCUAAUCCUUAUGUAUCUCCAGCACCAGUUCCCGCACCCACUUCUGCUAAGAAUACUUUAGAUUCGGUGAAAGAUGUUCUUGGUAAAUGGGGAAAGAAAGCCGCCGAAGCUACCAAGAAGGCUGAAGAUCUUGCUGGAAACAUGUGGCAACACUUGAAAACGGGUCCUAGUUUUGCUGAUGCUGCUGUAGGAAGGAUUGCUCAGGGAACAAAAGUUCUGGCAGAAGGUGGUUAUGAGAAGAUCUUUAGACAAACUUUUGAGACUGUACCGGAGGAACAACUUCUUAAAACAUAUGCAUGCUACCUCUCCACCUCUGCUGGACCUGUCAUGGGAGUCUUGUAUUUGUCAACUGCUAAGCUCGCAUUCUGUAGCGAUAACCCACUUUCUUACCAAACUGGUGACCAGACUCAAUGGAGCUAUUAUAAGGUGGUCAUUCCAUUGCAUCAGCUGCGAGCAGUGAACCCAUCCACAAGCAAAGCCAACCCUACUGAAAAAUUUAUACAGAUUAUCUCCGUUGACAAUCAUGAAUUUUGGUUUAUGGGCUUUGUGUACUACGACAGCGCUGUUAAACAUAUUCAAGAAGCAUUGCAGUCUCGCUGAUACACUUUGGACUGAAAAGCAUCAUGUAGUAUACCAAACAUGAGGUCUGUGUUGAUAAACUAUCCUCAAUUCACAAAAACAUGAAACAUUUUAUCUUUAUACCGGACUUCCUUAGUCUAGUUUGUGGAGCUGUUUUAGUAUUGUGAUGGAAACUCAUUCGUUGUUACUUGUUUCUGGCAUUAUGUGUUUUACAUGUGUGACAUCAUAUUAUUACAUUCUAAAUCUGGAAAUCGAUUGAUUUGUUGUAAGUUGGUCUUAUUUAAACAUGAUAGUUAUAUGGAAGA